AUGACCUGGCAACAAAGUACGAAAACACUAACCAGUAAACUUAUUCGGGUGGGCAACUGCCACCUCCCUGGAUGGGUACCCCGGGGACUCAAAUUACUAGUGGUUAAAAAAAUUGGUGCAAUCAAUGACGCUCGUGCAUCAAAGCUAUCGCCUUCAAUGCGUAAUAAACUAAACAUGCCUUCGCCUCCAAGGCUUUAUUGCGUGUUCGCUUUCCCAUUAUCCGUCUGCGAAGAUAAGGCCGAGUGUAUCAAUGAGAAUUUGCCAAUCGACCUUGUGGAGACCAAAAGCUUCAUUGCCGGCAUAUCACCGGAUUACAUUGGAUGA